AAUUAUUCAUAGAACUCAUCAUCAAAACCACGGGCAUGUUGAGAAUGAUGAAUCAUGGUACCCGGUAGCUUUUCGAGUUGCAUUGCAGGAUCUUUCUCAGCCAAAAUGCGAAGCUAGUCCACCAGAUGGUAUUUUGGCAGCAACUCUUUUUAGGCAUCAGCGAAUCGCCUUGUCAUGGAUGAUUCAAAAGGAGACAUCGAGCCUGCAUUGUUCUGGAGGAAUUCUUGCGGAUGAUCAGGGAUUGGGAAAGACCAUAUCAAUGAUUGCUCUCAUACUCAUGGAGAGACCUCCAUCUUCUAAGCCACAGUCAGAUGAUGUUAAAAAAGAAGAGUCGGAAACCCUGAAUUUGGAGGAUGAUGAUGAGGUUUUUAAGCUUGAUGGAAUGAAGCCAAAUGCUUAUCAUUCUACAGAUAUGUCAAACUACAAUGAAUUGAAUAAAAUGAAUUGUCUGGGGAAAGCAAAAGGAAGGCCAGCUGGUAAAACCCUUGUUGUCUGUCCCACAAGUGUCCUAAAGCAGUGGAAUGAGACGCUGCAUAAUAUAGUGAUUGGUGAAGAUAAUUUUUCUGUUUUGGUAUACCAUGGAAGCAAUCGGACAAAAGAUCCUUAUGAGCUGGCAAAGGCCAAUGUUGUCCUCACAACAUAUUCAAUUGUCAGUGCAGAAGUACCUAAGCAACCUCUUGUUGAUGGAGAAGAUGAUGAAAAGAGAGAGGCUGAAGGGAAUGGUGUUGCGCUUAUGGGGUUGUCAUCCAGUAAGAAAAGGAAGUACCCCCCAGGUGUUGCUGGCCCUCUCGCAAAUGUGGAAUGGUUUAGGGUUGUUUUGGAUGAGGCACAAAUUAUUAAAAAUCAUAGAACUCGAGUAGCACGGGCCUGUUGGGGUCUUCAUGCUAAACGAAGGUGGUGCUUGUCAGGGACUCCAAUCCAAAAUGACAUUGAUGAUCUUUACAGCUAUUUUAGAUUCUUAAGAUAUGACCCUUAUGCUGUCCACGAGUCAUUCUUGUCUACAUUAAAGUUGCCAAUUUGUAGGAAUCCAGCAAAAGGGUACAGAAAGUUGCAAGCUGUUUUGAAGACAAUAAUGCUACGUCGUACAAAAGGCACGCUUCUUGAUGGGAAACCAAUUAUCGACUUACCUCCCAGAUUGGUAGAACAUAUGAAAGUGGAUUUUACAUCGGAGCAACGUGAUUUUUACUCCAGAUUAGAGUUUGACUCACGUGCACAGUUUAAAAGGUACGCCGAUGCUGGAACUGUCAAACAAAAUUAUGUAAACAUUUUGUCGAUGCUGUUGCGCCUUCGUCAAGCUUGUGAUCAUCCUCUUCUUGUUAGCGGGUUGGAUUCAGGUUCUAUGUGGAGAUCCUCCAUUGAGAUGGCAAAAAAGCUUCCUCGAGAUAAAAAAAUUUCUCUUCUGAGUUGUUUAGAAGCUUCCGUAGCCAUUUGUCACAUCUGUAAUGAUCCGCCUGAAGAUGCUGUUGUUUCAGUCUGUGGUCAUGUUUUUUGUAAGCAAUGCAUAUGUGAACAUCUUACUGGUGAUGACAACCAUUGCCCAGCCAUGGACUGCAAAGUUCAGCUCCAUGUGGCUUCGGUGUUCUCCAAAACUAUAUUAAACAGUUGUAUCUCCUACAAGCCUGUGAAUGCUCUUGAGUGUUCUGAAUGGUCCCCAUGUGAUUCUUCAAAAAUCAAGGCUACUCUUGAGAUCCUGCAAUCAGUGGCUGUGGGAGAGAAAGCCUUAGUAUUUUCUCAGUGGACAAAGAUGCUAGAUUUGCUUGAAACUUAUCUUCAUAAUUCUUCCAUUCAAUAUAGAAGACUAGAUGGAACAAUGUCUAUUGUUGCUAGAGAUAAGGCUGUGAAGGAUUUUAACACUCUCCCUGAGGUUACUGUUAUGAUUAUGUCGUUGAAAGCUGCUAGUCUUGGAUUGGACCUGUUUGCUGCUUGUAAUGUUGUUCUACUGGAACCGUGGUGGAACCCUACAACUGAAGAUCAGGCAAUUGAUCGAGCACAUCGUAUUGGACAGACUCGUCCUGUUAAAGUUUGGCAGUUAACCGUAAAAGAUACAGUUGAAGAUCGUAUUUUAGCCCUUCAGCAGAAGAAAAGGGAGAUGGCUGCAUCUGCAUAUGGAGAGGAUGAAACUGGCAGUCGUGAGACUCGCCUCACUGUAGAGGACUUGCAAUACCUUCUGGGCUGAUGAAGGUAACAUCUGGUGGAUAUUUUUGCUAUGCUAACCCAUAUACAAUGUACAGGUUCCUCUUUGGCAAGUUGAAACUGCCUGGGUCUACAGAUAUUUUUGUCGACAUUGUUUUGCUACAGCGGGAGUAAGAAAGGGAAAAGGUGCUUUCCACAGGUUGAUGAUGUGAAUAGUCAUUGCCAAAGAGAUAGAAUACUGAUAGACCUGUUAGUAUUUUGUAUUACAGGAAGGGCAAGAAAAAGCAGGUGUAACACGUGGUGGUAGGUUAGUGGUCCAUUUGUAGCUUUCCUAUUACUAUUAGUGUGUUAUGUUUUAGUAUUUUCUGUUAUUAAGAGGGUUCUGGGGCAGAGAGGAAUCUAUCCUGAAAAUUAGGUCGAGAAAGAAUGGGAGCCUUGAAAGCUAGGUUAUCCUUGUCUUGUUAAUCUUCUCUAUUACCAGCGCUACUACAUCAAUAUAUCUGUUAGUUCGCAUAUUCUGCACCAGUGGUUCGAUCAUAUGUGUUGGUUGAUUUUAAUAUUUUAUACAUCUGUGUGGG